CACAUUUGUAAAGAAGAGAAAAAAGUAGCAUUAAAAAGACUACUUGAACCCAGCCCAAAAUCUGAUUGUGUUAAUCGUUGGAAGCCCAAAAGCCGGUAAAGAAAACAAAGGCUAGGGUUUUGUUGAGAAGAUCAAUAUAAAACCUUAAUCUGUCGACCGUCAAUCUCUUUUUUUGUGAUCUCUCCUAUACCCUAAACGACUAUACUACACAGAUCGCCUCUUCGGAGCUUAGGAGAAGAAAAUGGCCAUAGUACCAGGAGCCUUGGUAUGGGAAAUUGUGAAGAAGAACAACUGUUUUUUGGUUAAGGAGUUCGGUAAUGGUACUGCUAAGGUUCAGUUCAGCAAGGAGGGCAACAAUCUGUACAAUACUCACUCCUACAAGUAUUCUGGUCUUGCCAACACCAAGACUGUAUCUGUCCAGCCCGGAGGCAAAGACUCUGUUGUUCUUUCUACAACAAAGACCAGGAAGCAGAACAAGCCUGCUAGUCUUCAACACAAGUCUGUCAUGAAGAAGGAUUUCAGCAGGAUGGUCAAGGCUGUCAAUAACCAGGUUGCUGAUAACUACUACAGGCCUGACUUGAAGAAAGCGGCCCUAGCUAGGUUAAGCGUUGUGAACAGGAGCCUUCAAGUUGUGAAGUCUGGUGUCAAGAAGAGGAACAGGCAGGCACCAAAGGUCCGUGGCAGGAAAUGAACUAAUUAGGUGUUGAAAUUUUGUCAUACACUCCGAUAGUAGUGUCUUCGUAUCGACUUGUUUGAAUUUAUAUCCUAUUUUGGGCUUCUUUGUAGCUUUUAUUGUUUUUGAGACUUUUUGCGUGAUAAUGAGGUUCUUUAGACUCCUGCUGCUUUGUUACUCCCACCCAGAAAAUUUGUAUUAUCCGACCAGAUUUGUUAUAUUAGUUGCUUUUAAUUUGCUAUUGUCAUUUUCCUAA